AUGGCCGAGCCAGCGGCGUCGCCCAGCAAGCGCCGCAGCAGCGCCAACGGUGAGGAGCCCGAAAGCCAUGGCCGGGACCCCGGGGGGACGCCGCCGCCGCCGCCCGCGCAGCCCACGGGCGGGGGGAGGAGCCCCAUGACGCUCACAGGCGGGGACCCACAACAGGGCGGGGCGCAGGGGCCCCCGCCGGGCGCCUGGGGUAAUGAAGAGUCUUGGCAGUAUAAUACAUUCCAGUACUGGAGGAAUCCUUUACCACCUAUCGACCUGGCAGAUAUCCAAGGAGCAAGUGAAGACAGCCUGGCCGAGACAACACUUCAGGACAAGAAUGGAGUGGCCGAGAUUGACAUGGUGUCUUGA